CUUGUCUCCUCAUUCAUUCUUACAUGAUAAGUUUUGGGAACUAAUCAAUGAAGGAAGAAAACAUGAAUCUUCAGAAAUCAGCUCACUUUCAAAGGCGAAGGAAAAGUUGCUCCGACGAUGGUCAAUACGUCGUCGUACCUGAAGAAUUAUCAGAAGAGUGGUUUGUGGAAAAGAAUACUAGCAAAACUGAACGGCCGGGAUUCAAUCAGAUGCCACCGCCACCAAUUCCGAACUCCAACCUCCGAUAUAGUAUGUUCGUGGGAACGUGGAAUGUAGGAGGAAAAUCACCAGACGACCAACCUAAUCUAAAAGAUUGGUUAAGAACUAAAGAACCUGCUGACAUUUAUGUCCGUGGGUUCCAGGAGACUGUACCUCUGAAUGCAGGCAAUGUAGUCGGAGCAGAAGACUGUGGGCCGGCGGCAAGGUGGCUAUCAUUGAUCCGGAAAGCUCUUAAUGAAUCCCAAUAUGGCCUCUCCCGACGCAGGAAACCUGCAAGCUGGUGAUAUGGUGGAGCAAGUCGCCGCGGACCCACACGCACAGGAAGAUCCCGACCAUCUGCUUGCUGGCUGCCAAACAGUAGUGCCUUUGUUGUUUCCUCCAACAACAAUUUGAUACUAAAUCCUCAUCA